CACAUUGUUGGUGUGAGGAGUUGCACAACAACACGAACUAACAGAAGUUGUAAAAUGUGGAAGGCCUUCACGCAGCAGGACAUUACUGACUCCUCUCCAGAGGUGGGUAGGUGUGAUGCAAACAUGGAGGUGCAGAACAACAACCAGCCCACCUUAGACAAACACAAUAAUCUCUACAAGAUACCAAGCCAGGAAGAUCAGAAAAAUGUUCCAAGCUAUAAUUACUGCUGCACAAUGGCAAACUUCCACAUUGAGAAGAAGAUCGGUCGGGGUCAGUUCAGUGAGGUCUAUAAAGCAACAUAUCUGCUUGAUGGACAGCUGGUGGCACUCAAGAAGGUCCAGAUCUUUGAGAUGAUGGAUGCUAAGGCUCGUCAGGACUGCAUCAAAGAGAUUGAUUUACUGAAGCAGCUGAAUCACCCCAAUGUAAUCAAGUACCUUGAUUCUUUUAUUGAAGAAAAUGAGCUCAACAUUGUUCUGGAGCUUGCGGAUGCUGGAGAUCUGUCCCAGAUGAUAAAGUACUUCAAGAAGAAGAGACGACUUAUCCCAGAGAGAACAAUUUGGAAAUAUUUUGUGCAACUGUGCAGCGCUCUGGAGCACAUGCAUUCACGCAGAGUAAUGCACCGUGAUAUCAAGCCAGCCAACGUGUUUAUAACAGCCACCGGUGAGGUAAAGCUGGGAGACCUUGGACUAGGACGCUUCUUCAGUUCCAAGACCACUGUAGCACAUUCUUUAGUGGGAACACCUUACUACAUGUCACCCGAGAGAAUCCAUGAGAAUGGCUACAAUUUUAAGUCAGAUAUCUGGUCCCUGGGCUGUCUUCUGUAUGAGAUGGCUGCACUGCAGAGUCCAUUUUAUGGGGACAAGAUGAACCUUCUGUCCCUCUGUCAGAAGAUAGAGCAGUGUGAUUACCCCCCUCUCCCCCCGGACCAUUACUCUGAUAAGCUGCGUGACCUGGUCAGCAUGUGCAUCAACCCAGACCCGGACCAGAGGCCUGACAUUGUCUUUGUGCUGCAGUUUGCAAAACAGAUGCACAUGUGGACUUCCAGCACCUGAGUGACACUUUCAAGCCCUCUUAUCUGCUCAAUUUGAGGCUUUCCACUUACUAUGUGCCUGUCCUUGCAGAAGCAAGUUUGCCCUUACCUCAUCUUAGCAGACUGUAACCUUGGAAAUACUGUGAUGUAUCUUUUCAAUCAUGUAAGAUGUGAAGAGGUACAUGGGUAUACUCACGGAAAACAAAAGUGAGAGGUAACCGUAUGUCUGCCUGUUUCUUUAGCUGAGAACAUAGCCAAAAGAGCUGUGUGUCCCUCUGAUGACAGAUUCCUCAAAUAAGAGUUGCAUUCCCAGUUCAACCGUGUCUUCCUGUGUAGUAGGGCUGGGCAGUUUGAAUAUUUGUCAUGUCUUCUACUAUAAUCAUAUCAUACAUGUUUUUAUACAUUGUAAAGUACCUCAUUUAGUGUUCAAAAUGGACAGCUAAUAAAUACCUAUUCUCAGAAAAAAAACAAAAGAAUGCAGUUUCAGGGGAAACUGAAAUUGAAGUGAAAUCAUAAAAUAAAAAUAGUUUUAUGACCUGAUGAAGCGUAGCUAGUUAAUAUUGCCUUUUACAAACAGUGGAGAGCUCAGCUAGCACUUCUGGAAUAUAAAUAUAGAUAAAUCUCACAUAGGUUAUUCUAUUUAAGCUGCUUGGGCCUACAUACAUUUGCUGCUCGUUGCAACCCAUCUCCAACUCCUUUUUUUCAUCUUAUUCUUAUGUGAAAUAAUCAGUGCUUGCGUGUUGGCACUGAUGCCUGAUCUGUUUGUGCUGAAAACCUUUUAAGCUUUUUGUUGUGGGAAAGGCAGGGAGGUCAUCCACGAAUAAGGCCAGAAAUUAAAAAUGACUCCAAAUGGAAUAACAAUCCUAUUUUAACUGAGAAGUUCCUGACAGAACUGUGGCUGAAAGCUUAAAGAAGUAGCCAGGUUUAUGGCAUUAUUCAAUAAUCACUUAUAAUAAUGCUUUCUCAUGGAUGUCACAUUCAUUCACCUGUGGACAAGCAGCUGAGCACCCACAGUGUUUCUGUCUUUUCUGAUUCAGUAUAUUCUCUAAGUCUAUGGAAACCCUAAGAACAAUUUGGGAAGUUUUCUUAAGGGCAGUUCUCCAUCAUGUAGUGAUUUAUACAUUUUCCCUGCUUAAAGACCUGGUGAAGGAUCAAAUCCUGUUAGGGUUGCAACCAGUGUAUAAAUUUGUGAAAUCAAAUAUGUGGAGCUGUCUGUUGUGCAAACCCCCUAUGAAUGAAGAAGCAGUCAAAAGAAGAUGUUGCUUCUGACUGAGGACAGUUUGUCAUGUAUGUAUCUAAAGGUUGCCACCAGUGGCUCAAAUCUGAAAGUGAACUUACAUAUUCAUAGAACUUUCCAAUCAUAUGUUGGGCUUUAAAGACUGAGUUACCACUGAAUUUCUUGGAUCAAGCCUUGUGAAGUCAAAUGUGGCCGUAUUUUAAUUUUAUGAGUUGGGAAAUCAUGUUGUGUCCACCUUAUAAAUCUCACUUUACUCUCCUUUUAUCUGUGCUUUGGUUUCCACAGGUUUCAAAAAGAGACAUUUGAAGCUGUUUCAGUUCUCCACUGUGUUCACAUGCUGGUCUGUUAUCCUCAGCGUCUUAAAGCCUGUUACUUACAAGUAAAGUUCUGUCAGUCAAUACCCAAGGUCCUGUUAAGACUACAUUUGAUUUAGUUGGUUUAAUUUGCGUUGUCACAUUAAAACUGAUGGAACAAUAGAAUCAAGAAUCAGAUGAUAGUGAAAGACAAAUGUUGUGUUGCUGGGAGGAGCAGUCAUGGGACUGUGAGAACUUAACUCCAUCCUGUUAAAUUUUGUUUAUAUCACAUUCUGUCAGUCCUGCAAACCAAAGACAUAGAACAAAGGUGACCUGACUAAAUGAAAAAUACAAGUUAUAAAUGACUACCAAACUGCACUCAUAAUUGGCUGAAAGUAUAAAAACGACUCUGGCUGAACCUCUGAAAUCUCAGAAUUUACAAAAAAACCCCAAACAUCAUCAUGUGCCCAAUUGGCAUUCACCACAGAGCAUCACAUAGGGCACCCAUUUAGUUCACAAGUGAAACAGGUUCACAGUGAACAAUGUGACAGGCAUGAAUAGGUCUAGAUGGUGGCAGACCUGUCAGUUCUGAUAUUCUCUGCUGAAUUCCAGUUGAGCCACAUGAUAAUUGUGAGUGAGCAGUAAAAGAAAUCGGCUCUAAUGCCAUUAAUUGCCUAAAUGUUUCUUUGUGUUGUUGCUCGGUCACUGUGAACUGAAUAGCCAUAUGUGCUCCUCCACAUAAAACUCAAAAACCUUACCAUCCCCAAUCAGCUCCAUAGAUAAUUAUAUUUAGAGAUCUGGAGUUUGUUUGUUUUUUUAUUGUUGUAGUUGCCUAAAUGUUUACAUUUUGCAUAUCUGCAGUUUUGGGAAAGAAAAAGUGCUUCAUGCCACAGUUUGAGUAAAGGCGAACAAAUCAAACACACACAGAAAUUAAUCUGGAAUUGAUACUGUCGUGGUGAGUGUUGCUCCAGUGGUGUUGUAGUUUUGUGUUGAUUGUAUGAGAAUGCAGUCAUGGUCUGCUUGUAAUUUAUAAAUCUAGACCAAUCUUGCUGUGAAACUGUAAACACCAUAAACAUUAGAUGCUGUGAAAAUGAAUGAAUGAAUUACGCAAUGUUUUUGAAAUACAUGUAUUAGAUGCACAGAGUGAGAGCUUAGUUUUCAUCUUGUUUAAAUAACUUGUAUCUUCGUCUUCCAUCUACCAUGCUUAUCAAUCGUCUCCAAAGCAUUGUGCCAUUAUGUUUGUGUUGACUGUGCUUUUCUGUGCAAAGUGAUAUUAAAUUCAGUUCAGUCAUAUUUA